AUGGAGCGUAUUCAAUACAGAGCUCUGAAAUAUGUGUACAAUGAUUUUCAGUCCAGCUAUCAAACUUUAUUAGAACAUGCUGGACUACAAGCACUAGAGAUGUCCAGGAAUCGUGACAUACUUGUUGAAGUUUAUAAAAGCGUGAACAAACUCUCCCCAUCUUUUAUAUGGGAUUUAUACAAAGAGAAAAAUAUUUUAAAGUUAUACAGUUUUAUUCAACGUAGUCAAAUAGGUGAAUUGCGUCCAGCCAUCGAGUAUGGAAGAAAAUCUAUUAAAAUUAGAGAAACUCUUUCUGGUGACCAACAUAAGUUCAAGAUGGGUUUAUCCUUAAUGACCCUAGCAUUCAAUCUAGAGUCUUGGAAUGGUUUGGGAGGAGACAGUUCAUUGUCUCCUGAGGAGGCUAUUGAAGAAGGCAUGAAACACAUUAAAGAAGCUAUCACAAUAUUUACAGAGCUAGGAGAUGACGGCCAUCUUGCUGAAGCUAUCAUGACCAAGGGUGUAUUGUAUCCUAGAGGUAGUAUUGAACAACUUAAGUAUUAUGAAGAAAGCAUGGAGCUGUGUUUACAGACAUACGGUGAAAUUCAUGUACUACGCUGUCGUCAAUUGCUAAAUAUCGGGAUAUACUAUGAAGAUGUGGGUGAUUACUACAAAGCGUAUGACUUCUUUAAAAAAUGGACAUAUGUUACUGAACAGUUAUAUGGAUUGGAACAUCCAAAAACAAAACGUGCAAUUAGUACACUGGAAGAGCCGAUGUACGUCAGAAUAGCAAGAAACUCGUAGAAAGACUACAAAGAUAUGGAGUAUAUGGUAAUUCAGCUGAAUGCAUAUAAGGAGUUGAGGAGGAGCAACUUGGGGGGGG